AUGGAAGCCCGCGCCGGACGGGCGAGUCCCUCUACCGAAUCGACCUGCACACCCACAUCAUGCCCCAUUCCCUGCCCGACCUCUCCGCCGUCCGCGGCCUCGGGCGGGUCCUACGCCUGGCCCAGCUUCCAGCCCUGCGCCGACGGCUCCGGCGACAUCGACAUGUACAACGGCGGCAAGUUCUUCCGGCGGGUGAAGCCCAACUGCUACGACCCGUCCACGCGGGUCCGCGAGAUGGACGCCGCCGGCGUCGACGUGCAGGUCCUGUCGACCGUCCCGCUCCUGUUCUGCUACGACGCCCCCGUGGAGCCUGCGGUUGUGCUCGCCCGGGCGCUGAAUGAGCAUAUUGCCGAUAUCGUCAAGGAGUCGCCGGAUAGGUUUGUGGGCCUGGCCACGGUGCCUCUGCAGGACGUCGACGAGGCUGUGACGGAGCUGAGGAGGUCGAAAGAGCUGGGGCUGGUGGGUGUGCAGAUAGGGACGUCCGCGCCGCUGGCGGAUGGGGAGAUCGAUUUAGACGACGCGAGGCUGGAGAAGUUCUGGAGCGCAUGCGAAGAAUUGAAUGUGGCGGUCUUCGUGCACCCACUGGGUUACUCCUGGAAGGAGGAGAACGAGGCCAGGUGGGGCAAGUACUGGGGCAGUUGGUUGGUCGGCAUGCCCUGCGAGACAGCCCUGGCGAUGCUUAACCUCACUUCUGCUGGCGUCUUCCUCCGACAUCCAAAUCUCCGUCUCUGCUUUGCCCAUGCCGGAGGAUCCUUCCCAGCACUACUGGGUCGCAUCCAACAUGGCUUCAACUGCCGGCCAGACCUGGUGGCACAUUCUGCUGGGGGGGUCACACCGACACAACAUCUCGCCAUCGGAAACAAUAUAUGGAUCGACAGCCUGGUGCAUGAUGCAGAUUUGCUCGAUUAUGUUCUGCGCAAGAUCCCGUCCGCGAACAUGGUCUUGGGCAGUGACUAUCCCUUCCCGCUUGGCGAGGUGCCAACGGCUGGGGAGAUGCUGAUUGGGAACGGCGAGGAAGGUAAGAAAUUAGACAAGUUCAUGAGCUGGGAUCAGAGAGCCGGCGUCUUGGCUGGUAAUGCCAUCCGUUUGCUGAAUUUGGACGAUCGGUUCCAGCAGAGAUAUGAGCAAAGGUUAUCAGCGUUCAGGAGGGGUGCAGAGCUAUCUAAAUAG